GAUACGGUGUGAACUAAAAUUAAGAUGGCAGAAUUUGAAGGAGUAAUUUUAAGUUCUUUAUCUGAAAAGGGAGAAACUAAAAGAACUUGUCAUCUCCCCUUAACAUUUGUUGUUAGUGAUGAAACGGAGAGAUUAAUUUUAAAAUUUAAAAAUGCUGUAAAAAAUGGUCCUAAAUCUGUUUUUGAAAUUCACCUGCAAAAAGAUGAAGAUACUGCAGCUGUUGGGACCCAGUCUUAUGUCAUCACAAAAGAUGGCAGUAGCCUUCUUGUUCAGUUUUCGGAAAAAUCUGAUUUUCAGAGGUUCCAUCAGAUUAUACAAAAAUUUAAGAAAAGAGCUAAAGAUUCCGUUUUUUCACAAAGAACAGAUGAUGCCUCAGCAGUACAGUAUUUUCAGUUCUAUGGCUAUCUUUCCCAACAACAAAAUAUGAUGCAAGACUAUAUUCGAACCUCGACAUACCAAAGAGCAAUUUUAUCUAAUGUGGAAGAUUUCAAGGACAAGGUUGUUUUAGAUGUUGGUGCAGGAUCUGGUAUUCUCUCCUUUUUUGCCAUUCAAGCAGGAGCUAAGAAAGUGUAUGCUAUUGAAGCAAGCUCAAUGGCAAGACACGCAGAGACCUUGGUCUACCACAAUAAGUUAUCAGAGAAGAUUGUAGUUGUUCCUGGAAAGAUUGAAGAAAUAUCUCUGCCACAGUCAGUGGAUGUGAUAAUAUCUGAACCAAUGGGAUACAUGUUAUUCAAUGAAAGAAUGCUUGAAACCUACCUUCAUGCCAAGAAGUGGCUUGUUUCUAAUGGAAAAAUGUUCCCAACACGUGGAGAUCUACAUAUUGCUCCAUUUACGGAUGCUGCACUAUUUAUGGAACAGGUUAAUAAAGCAAAUUUCUGGUAUCAACACUCUUUCCACGGAGUUGAUCUUUCAAGUCUAAGAGAUGCAGCUGUAGAAGAAUAUUUUCGACAACCAGUAGUUGAUACCUUCGACAUUCGGAUCUGUUUAGCCAAGUCUAUAAGCUACACUGUAGAUUUUGAGACUUCAUCAGAAUCUGAUCUUCACAAAAUAGAAAUUCCACUCAGUUUCCAUAUUCUUCAGUCUGGAGAAAUUCAUGGCCUUGCAUUCUGGUUUGAUGUAGCUUUCAUUGGCUCAACGCACACUGUAUGGUUAUCUACAUCACCCACCCAACCGCUAACUCACUGGUACCAAGUUCGCUGUUUAAUUCACUCCCCAUUGAUUGUGCAAAGAGGUCAGGUCGUAACAGGAAUGGUAGUCCUAAAUUCAAAUCCAAGGCAGAGUUAUGAUGUUGACAUAGAGCUGAAAAUUGAAGGAACAAGUGCAUGCAGUCGUAACUCAUUAGACCUUAAGAAUCCAUUCUUUCGAUACACCGGUCAACCACUUCAACCGCCUCCUGGAUUUAAUGAAACUUCUCCUAGUGAAAGCUAUUGGGAGACAUUAGAUGCUCAAAAUGCCACGAACAAUGUAAAUCUUAUGGUAAAUGGCAUUGCUUUAAUGAAUGGAAACACAAUGAUGGAUGUGCAGAGCAUUCAGAAUCCCCAGCCUACACAGCUUGGUGUCCACCAUUCUAACUUAAUUUCAUUAGACUCAGCAACAUGUGGUUUUAGGGAAUACUUUCCAUUUCCCAGUUAACAAUAGUUUGAUGAUUGGUGACUAUGUUACUCCUGGAAACAUUAUCUUGCCAGAAAAUAAAAGGAAAACCACAGCUUAUAAACACUGAUAUUGGCCUGUAUGUGAAAAUUGGCUUUUGAACUUUCAAGAGCCUCUUUCAACCAAGGACACUUUGCUGAUUGUGCCACAUGACACUGUUGAAGAAUGAAUUUGUGAAAAAAAAUAACCUGUUUUUCAAACAUCAUAUGAAGCUAAGAAAAUAUCCCCAAUUGAAGGAUGUUUAACAUAGGUAAAACAAUUUUCAGUUAGAGUAGAAAAUACAUAUAAUCUAAACUUGGUUGUGUGUGGGCUUAAAAAUAGUUCCUUUUUUUUAAUGUAAUUUCAAAACUCACUGAUCUGAAACUUUUGGUCUUAAUUGUGAAUAUUUGUUUAGGAUGUACUAGUGUUGCUGUUCCAAAAUGGGGUUAAUUGCAAAACGUAUUGGAAAUUAAUAAUUUUUGAAGAAAAAAACAUUGAUGUUCAUUAAUGGUUCUUGAAGAACUUUGAAAACCAUAACUAUAAUUCAUCUUGAAUUUUUUUCUUCAAAUGUUUAUUUGAAUCUCGCAAAAAUAAUAAACUGAAAAGAGCAAGAUUUUAUUUUGCUGUAAAAUAAUUAACUCAUUGCUUACCACAGGAGCAUAAUUGGUAAACCCAGUAUUUCUAUACCUGGGGACCAUAUAGGCAUACUUUGGUAAGAACUUUUCUUUUUGAAUCUACUCCAAUAUUUGGCUUGUAAGGCCUUUCUUCAGUAAAAUGUACAAUCAGAAUUUUUUAUAUUUUGUCAAAUUUCCCAGUUUUCCCUGGUUCUUGUGGAUGCAUUAUGCUUGGCUGCAAAAGGGGGUUAUAUAAGGACAGUAUUGAUGAAAGUUUGUUGUGAUACAAAUCUAAAAUGCUGAUAUUUUAAAGUAUCUUUCUCAGCAUUAUCAUUUCUAUUUAAAUUUUGGGAGUUUUAUAUGUAUAUGACUCAAAUGUAACAUCUACAGUGCAUCCCUUGCA